GCCGAGGAACCGCCGCCAAGCGCAGCCCCGCGCCGGCCGCCGCAGCCCCGAGCGGCUGCGCCCCAGCUCCAUGAAUGGAAAUCGGCAGCGCAGGACCCGUGGGGGCACAGCCCCUGCUCAUGGUGCCCAGACGUCCCGGCUAUGGCACCAUGGGCAAACCCAUUAAACUGCUGGCCAACUGCUUCCAAGUUGAAAUCCCAAAGAUUGAUGUCUACCUCUAUGAGGUGGAUAUCAAACCAGAUAAGUGUCCUCGGAGGGUGAACAGGGACGUGGUGGACUCUAUGGUGCAGCAUUUUAAAGUGACAAUAUUUGGGGACCGUAGACCAGUUUAUGAUGGGAAAAGAAGCCUCUAUACAGCCAAUCCACUUCCUGUGGCCACUACUGGGGUGGAUUUGGAUGUGACACUACCCGGAGAAGGUGGAAAAGAUCGUCCCUUCAAAGUGUCAAUAAAGUUUGUUUCUCGGGUGAGCUGGCACUUGCUGCAUGAAGUUUUGACAGGAAGAACCUUGCCUGAGCCUCUGGAACUAGACAAACCUAUCAGCACUAACCCUGUUCAUGCUGUCGAUGUGGUGCUACGACACCUCCCCUCCAUGAAGUACACCCCUGUGGGCCGCUCCUUCUUCUCAGCUCCAGAAGGCUAUGACCACCCCCUGGGAGGGGGCAGGGAGGUCUGGUUUGGCUUCCACCAGUCGGUCCGACCUGCCAUGUGGAAAAUGAUGCUCAACAUCGAUGUUUCUGCCACUGCCUUCUACAAAGCACAACCCGUAAUUCAGUUCAUGUGUGAAGUCCUUGACAUUCAUAAUAUUGAUGAACAACCAAGACCUCUGACUGAUUCUCAUCGGGUAAAAUUCACCAAAGAGAUAAAGGGUCUAAAGGUAGAAGUGACUCACUGUGGGACAAUGAGAAGGAAGUACCGUGUCUGUAACGUGACGAGACGGCCUGCAAGUCAUCAAACCUUUCCUUUACAGCUAGAAAAUGGCCAGACUGUGGAGAGGACAGUAGCACAGUAUUUCAGAGAGAAAUACAACCUCCAGCUGAAAUACCCUCACCUUCCUUGUCUGCAAGUGGGACAGGAGCAAAAACACACCUACCUGCCUUUAGAAGUGUGUAACAUCGUGGCUGGCCAGAGGUGCAUCAAGAAGCUCACAGACAAUCAGACAUCGACCAUGAUAAAAGCGACAGCCAGGUCUGCCCCAGACAGGCAGGAGGAGAUCAGCAGAUUGGUGAGAAGUGCAAAUUACGAUGCAGAUCCGUUUGUCCAAGAGUUCCAGUUCAAAGUGAGGGAUGAGAUGGCCCAUGUGACAGGACGUGUGCUCCCAGCCCCGAUGCUGCAGUACGGAGGACGGAAUCGAACCGUGGCAACUCCAAGCCACGGCGUGUGGGACAUGCGAGGGAAACAGUUCCACACUGGGGUGGAGAUCAAGAUGUGGGCCAUAGCUUGCUUUGCAACACAGAGGCAGUGCAGAGAAGAAAUUCUGAAGGGUUUCACAGACCAGCUGCGCAAGAUCUCCAAGGACGCCGGGAUGCCGAUCCAGGGCCAGCCCUGCUUCUGCAAGUAUGCCCAGGGUGCAGACAGCGUGGAGCCCAUGUUCCGACACCUCAAGAACACCUAUUCAGGGCUGCAGCUCAUCAUUGUCAUCCUGCCAGGGAAGACGCCGGUGUAUGCGGAGGUGAAGCGCGUGGGAGAUACGCUCUUGGGAAUGGCCACACAGUGUGUUCAGGUCAAGAACGUCAUUAAAACAUCUCCACAGACCCUCUCAAAUCUGUGCCUGAAGAUUAACGUUAAACUAGGAGGAAUCAACAACAUCCUUGUACCUCAUCAACGACCUUCUGUGUUCCAGCAGCCAGUGAUCUUUUUGGGAGCUGAUGUCACUCACCCUCCAGCUGGAGAUGGAAAGAAGCCUUCCAUUGCUGCUGUUGUAGGCAGCAUGGAUGCUCAUCCCAGCCGGUACUGUGCCACGGUGAGGGUCCAGCGGCCCCGGCAGGAGAUCAUCCAGGACCUGGCCUCCAUGGUCAGGGAGCUGCUCAUCCAGUUCUACAAAUCAACACGGUUCAAGCCCACCCGUAUCAUCUUCUACAGGGAUGGGGUCUCUGAGGGACAGUUCCGACAGGUUUUGUAUUAUGAGCUGCUGGCCAUUAGAGAAGCCUGCAUCAGUUUGGAGAAGGAUUACCAGCCUGGAAUUACCUACAUUGUGGUGCAGAAGCGACAUCAUACACGGCUGUUCUGUGCUGACAGAACUGAAAGGGUUGGACGAAGUGGCAAUAUUCCAGCUGGGACAACUGUAGAUACAGACAUUACACACCCCUACGAGUUUGAUUUUUACCUCUGUAGCCAUGCUGGAAUACAGGGAACCAGCCGUCCCUCCCACUACCACGUCCUGUGGGAUGACAACUGCUUCACGGCGGACGAGCUGCAGCUGCUGACGUACCAGCUGUGCCACACGUACGUGCGCUGCACGCGCUCCGUCUCCAUCCCCGCGCCCGCCUACUACGCUCACCUGGUGGCAUUCAGAGCACGCUACCACCUCGUGGACAAGGAGCACGACAGUGCUGAAGGGAGCCACGUGUCAGGACAGAGCAACGGGCGAGACCCGCAGGCCCUGGCGAAGGCUGUACAGAUUCACCAAGACACCUUACGCACGAUGUACUUCGCUUAAGUCAAUGACCCGGGAGACACUCACCGAGAGCAGAACUGAGAACUUAAGCCACAUACAAUGUAUGUUUCCAGGGGGUUGGUUUAGGGGCUGUGCCUCCCAUCGUGCUGGAGCUGACGCUGUGCAGGGGCGAGAGGCUCACCCUUAAAUUGACACGAGGAAGAUUGUUUACUUCAUCCAGGAACACAGCACUAUUAUGCAAUAUGAAACCAGCCAACUGCUUUUUUGGGGCGGGCUCCCGUGGGAAGCACCGCCGUCAUUGGUUGUUUUUUUUUUUUUUUUUAAUUAUUAUUUCUCGUAGUUUAACCCUCUUCUGCCUUUACCUCAAGUUGCUCGGCAGCACAACUAUUGUUGCAAAAAAAAAAAAAAUAGUAAUAAUAAACUAAAAUCUAUUGUGUAAUUUAAAACGAAAAAAACAAACCACCUUUUAGGAACAAUCACAGCGAUUGUUUGGAGGAGGGAAGUGUGCAAAAAAGAAAAUAAGUUUUUAACCCCCGUGCAUUGAGGAAUCUUUCAGUAUUUGCCAUGGAGCAUUCGAAUGUGAACAUAUCCAAGUGCAUUGGAAUGUACAGCACUAGCUAGGAAACAGUGAGGGGGGGAGAUGUUUUGCACACUAAUCCAAUAAUUUGAACCUAAUUUAGCCAACAGCUGCCUUUGUGUCUUUUCUCACAGCUUUGGAGUUCUCAGCUCCAAGAGUUCCCUUUCAAAAGCAAUCCAAGAAGCUCGUGGUUCAUGUGCAGGCAGUAGUGACCCAACUCUUCUUGCUCCCUGGGGGAAUUUACUAAAGCUGCUGUUUUACCUAGUCCAAAAGUUUCAAUUUUUUCCUAUCUGGCAAGUCAAAUCUGUUGAAGCUUCACGUGAGAUCUGAUGUCCCAGGUUUUCUGGGAUGACAUACAGUAACCAUCAGAACUGAAACUUUAGAGCUAAGGUCUUUUUGGGAAAAAAAAAAAAAAAAAAGAAACCUGCUACUUUUACUUGCUGCCUCUCACACCUUAAUGUGACUCAUAUGUAUGUGUGUUUGAAGUUUAGCUUCCUUUUGUUUCUUUUAUAUUUAUUAGAGUAAUAAUAAUGCUUUAAUUUAAUUAUUACAGAACAUAUGGUCAACAUCAACUUUUAUUUUUUAGAAAUGUAAUCAUGUUUAUUUUUAAAAAAAAAAGAAACUGACAACUUGUUUUGCUAUCUUUUAGUGCAAUAAGCAUUCUAAAGAAAAACUGUGUCCAUUGAGCUGUACUGAAGCAGUGUCUGUACCACGGACCGUGGGAGAAUGGACACCUCCAGGAUUUUAAAAGGACAAAGUAAAAGCCUUAAUUUUGAAAGGAAAGUUUUAUAGUCAGAAGGAAUCUUGAAUUUUCCUUUUUUAAAUCAAAAAAAAAAUAUAUACAAAAAUUGCUUCUAGACUUCUGCAAGCUUUACUUGUCGCUGCAGUCUUUUGAUUUAACAAAGGAAUUGGCCUUAUUUUUGGCUUUGAAAUGUGGAGCAUAUUUGAAUUAAAUGGACAGGGUUUUGUAUUAAGAUCUCAGUUUUUACAUGCUUAGUUAAACCUAUUUGACAUCAGUAAAAUGUCUGGAAUUAAUAAAAGUUUUUAGGCUUUUUUCCUCUUUGAUAGCGACUUUCCUUUUAAAAUUAAGUUAUUGGUAACUUCAUUUCACUUUGCAAAUAAAGAGGGCUGGGACAGUUCUAACAUGUUAAAUCACCGAAAUGUGAAACAAACCAAUGGGACUCUUUCAUUCCACUUUAAAACCAAUGUUUAAGAUGUCAGAGACGAGCGUUUAUUCAGCGAGGGGACUGGGGAGUUUUGCACUUUGUAAACUCGUGAACUGCAUUUUUGACUGUUUUUAUUUGCACUGGUUCAUAGUAUAUUUACUGCAGCUGUUUGUAUGGGCAUUGCUGUGAUCCCAGCCCUCCCGACCUCCACCUGCUCUCACAUGAAAACCUGGUUGGUCUGAGUAGCUUCUCUCCUCGUUCUCACCAAAUCCGCUGUUUGCCAAUAUACUGUAUUUUGAGCCUAAAAUCUGAGCCCAUUCUGCUUCACCAGGCAUGAACCCCCUUCUUUUUUUUCCUGCCAGAAAAACCAAGUACUGUAUUUUGUGCGUUUUGUAUAUUGUAUGGAAAUGUCCGUUGCGCUGUUCACAACGCUGUCUGCAGGAGCUUUACUAACAGCUGGUGUAGAUACCUACUUUAUCUCUCAAAAAUCAAGGAAAAUAAUGAAAAAGGCUAACUUGGCAAAGCUAAAAUUGCACUGGAAACAGUGGUGGGGGGUGGCUUGGGGGGGGCUCAGCAGACGCCGAGGUGUUGGGGACCCCCGGAGCCAGGGGGUCCCAGCUCAGAGUGCCCUGUCCCUGGUGCAGGGAGUGGGGUGAGGCAGAGUCCUUGGAGCGAGGUGGUUUCUCAGCGAGUCUCUCAGAUGUUUUUCCCAGUCUGUGACCUGACACUUUUCUCCUAAAGCUCUCGAAGUAGCAGUGCCGUUCGUAAAAGGUUCAGCUUAAGCUUUAUACAGAAAUUUCUUUUGAAACAGAGAACUUUUUUUUUCUUUAAAAAAAAAAAAAAAAAACACCAACAAAAAAAUACCUAUUUUACAAAGAGUUCUUGUGGACUUCUGGCAUUUAGCUGAAAAUUCCUUUUUACAAAGCCUUCUAACUCUCCUUUCAAAGCCGCUUCUCAUCCUGCCCACGCUCGGUGACUCGGAUUUGAGAAGCUUUUUUUUUUUUUUUUUUUUUGCUCAAUACUUUCACCAAAAACUAAACAAACUUCAUUGGCAAAGUGACUUCAGUUGUCAAGGUAACAUUGUACCUGGUUUUCAUGUGAAGAGUAUUUGGAAGUUUUAAUCUCUCUUCUUGGUUUUGCAAAUAUCUACGUCAAGUGCCGAUACUUCUUUGUAUUACGAUAUCAAGUUACUGACGUUGUGAGGGCCACACAUUUAUGAUGCUGUAGCUGCUAUAUUUAUUUAAAUGGAGAUGGACAAUUACUGCACUAAGGAAUGAGGAGAAAAGCAAGGAAUCAAGGUUAGUUAGAUAUCUUGGUUUGGUUUUUUUUUUUUCAAAAGAGAAUUAAUGGUGUGAAAUAUCAAGUGUAACAAAGGGUGCUGUCAUUUUAACUGAGAUUAAAUAGCCAGAUAUUCUUCUUUUGUUUAAAAACAUAUAUAUUUUGAUGUUUGCAGUUUGGGGGUGGGGGGUCGGGAUAAAUGGUACCUCAUCUGUGGUGGCAGUUUCCGGUAUAUUUUCAGAGUAUAUGGAUUUCUUUUAUUUUUGUACCUGCUCUCCUUGAAAAAAAAAAAAAGAAAAAAAAAAAAAUCUCAAAUUUUAUGUGCUGUUUGAGGAAAUCUUGAGUGGCACAGCAGAUCCCCCCUCCUCUCCGGCCGGGAGCUGGCUGUGGAUUGUCCAAAGAGGGAUUAUGGGCACAGGCUGAUGGCUCUUCUUGCUUUGCAGACACCGGCCUCGGGUUUCUGCCUGUGGAGAAAAGCAGUUCCCGUCUCCUCAGACACUGCACCGAGACCUCACUUGUGCUGAACAAGUGCCACUGAGUGCUCCCGUGGUGGGGGCAGCCCCAGGGUAUCACCGAGCCCCUCCUCACCCAGCCAGCCCUGCCCAAACCUCCCACCUGGCCACUGCUAGAUCCAGAGCUGGAGAGAAUCCCAGAAUGUUUGUGGUUGAGGCGUUAAACUCGCGACAUUUGCCAACAGGAGGAGUGACUCCGCUGUAAGUCGCUUUUUUUUUUUUCCCCCCCUUUUCUAGGGAUUUGAGCCGUGGCCAUUUGACUCAGGAUCGCUGUGUCACUGUUCCAUGUGUCAUCUGGUUACACGUGUCCAAAAGUUAUUUUUAUAGGAUUCAUUCCGGUGUUCUUUUGGGAGUUUGGCCGCAGAAAUGGUUUUCAGGAGUAAAAUGGGUUUCUGGAAGUUGUCAGUCAAAUUAUUUCAAGAUGCUCUUGGUCCUAAACGAUUUUCACUUCUUCAUGUAGAAAUACUUGUCCUAUAAAAUGCUCAACAUGAGAUACCAUGUAGUCUGCUGUAAAAAUUCCAGCUACAAGUACUGGUUUUCUACUAGUCUUAAAGUUCACUCUGGUGAAAUUCCAAGCUCAAGCUUGAGGCCUUUUUUUUUUUUUUCCUUCCCCUUUUCUUACACCUUCUUCAUAUCUUGUCCACUUUUGGUAUUUUCUCUGUUUUGUGAACUGAUGGGUUAGAACCUUACUCAAAGCACUUUUAUAACCAAGGAAUCAAAAGCUCAGAUUAUGUAUGUUGGACCUGUAAAUUCAGUUUUCAGAGGUGGUUGUUUCUAAAUGGCCAUCGUGGUCUCCGGUCAGGCCGGGCAGAUGCUCUGUCCCUUUCAGUGCUGUGGAGUUUCUGUGUGGCUGCUACUGGCAGAUUGAUUGGAUCUAGUGAAAAAUUCCAUAGGGGUGUCAAAGGGAAAGAUUUCUGUCUGUCUUUUCUACCCAAAGAUGGUACUUUAGGUUGAUGCUGUUUGUUCAGAGUAUCAUUUUCGGUUUGGCACGUGUUGAAAUCAAACUUCACUUAGCCAAUUCACUCCUUGUUUUUGUAAAAUGUCGUGGUUAGAGCUUGAGCUCAUUGAUGCUUUCUGCUGGUAGAAGAUUUUGUACUUUUCAGUAGUUGAGGGAUGAGCAAGAUGGAUACAGGAUCCUACAUCUUUACCUCCCGAGCAGAAUCUUAAAAAUCCUGAUCUCCGUGACACUAAAACCCAAAUUGUCAUCCCCUGAGUAGACAAAGGCGCAUAUGGAGGGGAAGGAAUCGUAAGGGAGAGGCGUGCGAGGGAAAAUAUCAGAGCAUUGGUUUGGCAGGAAUGAGGGUGUCGGGGAGACUCCAUCCACUUUCCAUCCCACGUGCCCUGGCCUUUCACAUCCUGUCUGAGGUACCCCCUCACCUGACACGGGUUGUUACCAUAGGGUCCUUUUCAAACAAAGCAGUUCCACUGUUUAAAACUUGGAGUGACUUUUAUUUUAUUUUUUUUUUAAAAGCAAGACAGUCCUCAGAAAGUGCCUUUUUAGAAGAUGGUGCUGUAGAUUUUUAUUUUCCAGUUGUACGUGGCUGCAAAUUUAAGAUAAAUUAUUGAAAAUGCCAAGUGUUUGAUGGUACCUUUUAGGUGCUUUUCAAACCUCAGCUUCUCUGAGUCAGGACCAAGAAUAACCAGGAAGGUGUUUUCCUUUGGAGGAAGAGGCAUUGAGGAGCGAUCACCAAAUUCAGCUGGUGGGCUGGGGUUAGGUUGGGUUUGGUCAAUGUGAUUUACCUCUUCAUAUUGAGGGGGCUGGAGGUUUUGGGGCGUGGGAGAAGCCACGGGGACCUGCUGGGUGCCGAAAGGAAUCCGUAACUCCCCAAGGAUGUCUUCUCUUGGGGGAAGCGUGUUCCCAAAGAUGGAGACGAACUGAAGGGUGUCUUAGGAGGAUGUCUUAAGGAUGGCCUGGGAGAUGGUUGGUGCUCACACGGCUCCUGUGUGUCCAGGAUGAUCAGUGGGUCUUCUGAUUGCCGGCUGGGAGCUGGAUGCUCUGGAUGGGAGCAGCUUGGUGGCUGGGCGAUGCCGCGGAGGGAGUGGCGCCGUGGUGAGUUUGGUGAGCGUUCCUGCAGUCAGGAAAAGCUGUAGACUAGACUAUUAAACACUGCACCUCAGUAACCUUGUAAUGCUGCAUAAAGUAAUAAUAAUAGCAAAGUUGUGCUUUGAUGACACUGUAAUGUGCUUGCACAUGCCUGCAAAAAACACUUCCCUUUCCUUUGGUAUCAGUCUGAGUAGCAGUUCUGGGACUUUUCUUUAAUGAUGAGCCUUGUCCUUUGUUGUGGUGUUUCUGUAUAUUUAUUGGUGGUCUGUGUGCAGCUCCUAGAUCUGUGUGUCUGCUCUGUGUGUUGCUUUUAACACUUAUUUUUAGGCAGGAGAAGUUUCUGAAUGUUUUAGUUUUCUUCUCCAAAGAAAGUUGGCUUAACCAGUCGUGUUUGAGAGGAGACAAUUAACCCGCUCGCCAUAGACAAGUGCUUCAUUGGUACCUUGUUUCUCUACAACUAAAAUGAUUUUGUGCAUUUUAUUACUGUUUAUAGUGUUGGGCAUUCAAGAUGUGAAAUAACUUGAUGUCAGGAUAUUUUUGACUAUCAGGAGCUUAACCGCAGAACUCACUGAGUAAUUCCAAGUGGUCUCUUUGCAGGAAUCUGUUCAUGUCCAGAUUUUUUUCUAGGAGUAAGCAGAGCUUCUGGACAUCACCAGUGAAAUACGUGGGGUUCAGAGUCCCAGCACUGGGCAGUGCCCUUGCUGAGUUGCCCACACCUCGUUGUUGAGGGGAUGCUGCAGCUCCCCAGGCACAAGUUGACUCUCUUUGCUCUGUAAUUUUUUCUGAUUCAAGUUCGAGACAUGAUCCAAUGUCUCUUGUAGCUUGUACCAACUUUCUUGUCUUUUACUACAGUGCCCAAUGCCACUGUGUUGGUAUUUAAGCUUGCCAUGAUGUUCAAUUGUUAUAUAUUUCCAAUUUCUCAAUGUUACUUAGGCUGGGGUUUAGAAAGCGUUUUUCAGUCUAAAUUCUGAGCCAAAACUGUGUCUCCUGACCCUUUUAGUAGUAGCUGUUUCUACCUUUUAGACUAAAAAGGGCCAAAAAUCUUGCACCAUCAGCUUGUUUGCAGCAAUACUCUCCAUCUCCUCCCCUGCCUGUCAACCUGCUGCUUUGUUUCUCUCUACAUUUAGCUCAUACUGAACCUGUUGAGAUUUAGAAGUUGCUGCCUCUUCUUUCUGUCAGAAGGAAUGAACUUGCACCUGAUGAAUCGGUUUUCUAUUGGACACAAAUCUCUUGCCUUGGUGUCCAUGAGCUGCUACGUGGGAGGUUCAAUUCCAGUAGAAAUGUUUCUGUUGCUGUCAUUGGAAGGUGCAUGAUCGUUUAAAGUAUCCAAAUUAAAUAAGAGCUAACAAACCACUGAAAAAAAGACAGUCUUAAAAUACUUUAAAUUAAAAAAAAAAACAAACAGCAAACCAAAACACGACAAGGAUCAGCCGCAGGUGGACAGGGUGGAGCUCCUCAAGGAGAUGGAGAACCUGUGGGAUAUUGGGAUCCUGUGGCAGCUGGGACAGCUCUACAAGGGAAAGAGAAAAGGUGGGAGAGGCUGAAAGGGCAGCCUCAAAGUAACAGAGCGCAGUAGGAGUUAUUCAAACUCCUUUAAAAAAUUAUCAAGUAGGAAAAUCAGAACAGAAUAUUGAUGCUAAUGAAGAAGCAGCAGAGCCUCCUUUGCCUCCCGUAGCAAAUAAAAAAAGAAGCAAAAUCUGACAGCUGGUGUUUUCCUUCAGUACUUUUCAGUACUUGAAGAGGCCUCUGAGAACGAUGGGGGUGAACUUUUAGGGAGGGCCUGUUGCCACAGGAUAUGGGGUGAUGGUUUUAAACUGAGGGAGGUUGGUUUGAAUUAGAUUUAAGAAGUUCUUUACACUGUGUGUGAUGAAACAUUGGCUGCCCCAUCCCUGAAAACAUCCAAGGUGUCAGGUCAGACAGGAGCAGCCUGGUCUAGAGGUCCCAGGUCACAGCAGGGGGAUUUGUCUGGAUGAGCUUUAAAGGAUCCCUUUCAACCCAGACUACUCUUGUUAUUCUGUGACUGCUAAUUCAAAAACUACUCUAUGAGGGGAAAAGCAUGUUCCUGUAUAUUUUUAGGGAUGCCUUUUCUUCUCCAGGACCGUGCUGCAAGCAGGUGGCAGUGCCUAUGACAGCUGCCCCCUGAAAUCAAACUGGUUUUAUCCAAACCUUGGAAUCCCUUCCCUGGGUGGAACAGAUGCAGCUUCCAGUGGAUCCGCUGGUUCAGACAGCACCUUCCCAAGGGGUUUUGUGAGCAAUAUGUAAAACACAGAUGUCCUGAGAGACUCCUGGCUGCCUGGAGGUGUGCCUGGCUCCCUGGAGCAGCAGCAGGCAGGUGUAGAGGUCAUUUUGCUGUAGCCCUGCUCUUACUCAGCUCUUAGCUACCUCCCCAUUCCCUGAGCAGUCUCUCUCCCUCCACUGCCCGUGUGGAAUGAGCCGUGUCCGGGAUGCUGUGGCUGCGUGGAGCACACAUCAGCUGUGGAUGUGAGGCUGGGAUGGUGACAGAAGCCUGUAGAAACAAAGGACUGGGUAGGAGGUGGGUGGGUGGCAGGUGGGCUGUGAUCAGCUCACACCUUUCAGGGACAUUGAUGAGGACAUCAGACAUGAGCUUGGGUAUCCUGAACUGUUUGUGUUGGACUUGAACUCACUGAGAGCAAGUAUGUGCCUUUUGCUGACCAGGAAUAGAGCUGGAAAAACCUGUAUUUGCAUUGGUAAGGUGGUUAGUAUUUUUCUCGAACUGUUUUUAAAGCUCGAAGUCCUUGGUCAGAGUUGGUUUUGUGUUGAAUUAUUUAAUCAAAGCAAGCCCUGAAUUAUUGGUGAAUUAGAACUACCCAGAGAGGAGAAGCUUUUAAAAUAAGUGGUUUCUGGAGAGUAAUGUCAUCAAAUAAACCUACUUCCUGGUAGACUUGCAAUUUUUUUUUAAUAAAAUUUAACCUUGAUAUGUUUAUCUCAAGAGAAUCCUUAAUUCUGCCUUUAUUUGGAUGUUGCCUGUCCAGUGAUGUCCUCGCUCUUUACUGUGCUCCUGCAGCUUUCCAUACACUCCAUUGCCUCUCCUCUCUCCACCCAUUUGGAGGUUGCAGGGGCAUGGGGAAUGUUGUCCACUGAAUGUCAGGGAGCAGUGUAAAGCUCUGACGCGGUGGGAAUGUGAGGAUUAAACGUCACAGAUAAGUUCAGAAAGCAGUUUACCAGCAGCAGGGGGUGGCAGUGUCUGGGAACAGAAUCGUGCGGUCACUUGGGUGUGGAAAAAGGAACAAUCCCACAUCCUCUGACACCAGGUCCCCAUUGUAGACACUGCACUGUGCAGAAAUAGGCACCUCUGUGCUUAGAUGCCAGUUUGGGCUUUAAGCUGCUAGAAAAAGUGGAUUUUCAGACCAAAAUGGAAGAGCUUUUGCAACAGGUUCUAUUUGAAGUUGUUUUGGGACAAAGUUGUCCAGCCAGGAGCUCUGGAACCAGCUGGCUCUGAAGCAGGUUCCCUUUCUGACCUGGGGGAAAUGAUUCUGCCUCAUUUUUCAUCCAGAAAAUGUUUGUGAUGAUUCACGUCACCUUAGCAGAGCGAGUUACUGGGUGACGUGAGGGUGAGCCAUGUCGUGACAGCGGUAACCUCGUGAUUCAAACCCGUGCACUUCUUGCACGUUUGCAUCUUCCAGUGACUCCAGUUUGGAGCCCAUCCCUGCUGGGAGCCGGAGCUCUUCCCUCCCAUCCCACUGCAGCUCUGCCGAGGCUGAAGCCCCUUGGGGUCAGUCCCGUGUUUUUGCCAUCCUGCUUUCUUUAAACUUAACCCAUUUGUUGUAAAACAGAUGCUCAGAGGGCAAGUUUAUUUAAAUGAAAGGUGGUUUUUGCUUUUUUUUUCAUUGCUGAGAAUUACACAGGUCUUUCAAAUGCAUCUGGCAGUUGGAAAAUUAAUGCUAUAACACUUUCUAGCAACACAAAAAUAAGGCUGUAUGUUGAGUUUAGGGCCGUGCUUGCCCAUAAGUCAUAGAUCCACAACCCAUUUCAGUACAGGUGUGCAAAAGUUAGCUUUUAAAAUAGUUACGAAUAAACUUUCAUUUUGCUUACACUUGCAAAUCUCUUAAAUAUCUUCAAAACCAGUUUCUUUGAUAGAAAAUACAUGUCUUGGUAGGUAGUGUCCACUCAGAUGUAAUAGCAAAGUGAUGCCCGCUGGAGCAAUGCUGAAUUUAAAGAACUUUAGUAGGAAGUUUUGGAAUCUGAUGGUGUGCCAGCAGAGGGAAAGCUUGAGUAUUGCUCCUGAAGUAGUGAGGAUAAUUGAACACCAACAAAACUUGGUGAGAGGAAGAAUGCCAGAGAUGGAGUUUUGCUUCUGGCGACUUUGCAGUGCUGAAUGGCUUCUUCUGGGUACUCGCUUUUGUGCAAUCACUUCUCUCCUGUGGCUGUAGUACUUUUAUUUGAACUUGAUUUCUGUUUUUCAGUGAAAUCUUCUCAUUUUUGCAGUUUUCAGUGUUGAAUCUCGCCUAGAGACAACUCCAUGUUGUUUUCCUGUAGAAAAACCUGCUUCUAGCUCGUUGUGUUUGGUGUCUGUUUGCAGGCAGGUGUGAAAAGUGAGCUGCAGCACAGCAGUGGGGCGGGCAGAGCGAGUUGUGGGUGAGAAAUGUUGGUUUUACAGGCACUGUAAUAGGGGAGCAGUGACACUUUGGGCUCACAGGGUAAGGACCUUCCCACCUGUUGUUGUCUCCUCCCUUGGUAUUAGCAGUUCAGCUCCCCAGGUAGCCUCAUAGUGGAUAAACGGUGCUUGGUGGGGAAAAGCUGGGCUGUUCACCUGGCUGGAGGUGUGCGAUCAUGGACAAGGACAGUGCUCCUUCAGAGCUUUCACAGGAAUUGGUAGCAUUUGGUUAUGAGCAAUUAUUAAAGGAUUUUCAGAAGAAGGUGGCUCAGGUGGCAUCGUGUGUGCUAUAAACACCGCUGGCCAGCGAGCUGUGUUAGUUUUGGAGACUUGCUGGAAGCAAUGUCACACGUAGAAAUUUUGCGUAUUUAAUGCCACGUGUUUAAAUUGUUCCAAAACACAUCAUGCUGUUUGGGAUUUUUUUCUGAAUAAAAUUCUAAUAAACCAGUCCAGUGGAUUGAUCCCCUCCCAUGUGUCUGCUCUUUCUCAUAUGCUGGUGACUGCUCCCCUGUUUUGGUCUCCCAUUGCUUCGGCAGGAGCGUGAAUGUGUUCCCACCGUGAAGGUCCUGGGGGCUUUUGAAGCAAAAGGGAAAUGUUUCAAGAGUAAAGUAGAGCUGUGACUUGAGACGUUGCACAAAUAGAUUGUAGACGGAUGGCAAACAAACUGGUAAAAAGCCUUUAUUUUUACUUAACCAUCUUGACCAUGUGUGCCUCUUUGUACCGUGGGCUGCAGCCGUGCGGGGUGGGAGGGAACGUGUCGGUGUUUGAGAUGUACUUGCUAAGCAGAAGCCGUGUCCUCUGCCCCUUCUCCCUUUCCGGACAAAUUGUUCUUGCCAAAAUUUUCUACCUGUUGCAAGAGUUGCUUUCCUUCCAGCACAGUAAAAUGUCGACUUCUUUCACUGUUCCUUCCCUCUCGUAGGCAUCUGUAACCUCUGUACGACUGUGUAUAGGACACAGCAGUCAUCGAUCUCUGCUGGCUAUAGAUACCAUCAACUUGAGUGUAUUGUAAACGAACUGUAUUCAUUUGAAAAAUAAAUUUUUUUUGAAACGCA